AUGACUGUAACGGUGAUAGUAACGGUAAUGUUGACAGUAACAGUAAUGGUGACUAUGAUGGUGAUGGUAACGGUAACAGUCAUGGUGAUGGUAACGGUCACAGUGAAGGUAACGGCAAUGGUAACAGUGAUGGUAACUAUAACGGUAAUGAUGACCGUAACGGUAACGGUGAUGGCAACGGUGACGGUCAUUGUAACGGUGACGACAAUGGUAAUGGUAACGGUAACGGUAAUGAUGAUAAUAACGGUAACGGUCAUGGUCACGGUGACUGAAACAGUGAUGGUAACGAUGACGGUGAUGGUGAAGAUGGUGAUAAUUGUGAAAAUCACGGUGAUGGUGACAGUAAUGUUGACGGUUAUGGUAACUGUGACAGUCAAGGUAACGAUGACAAUAAUGGUGACAGUGAUGAUAACGGUUACGGUAACGAUCAUGAUAACGGUAACGGUAACGGUUAUAGUAACGGGUGACGGUAAUGGUAAUGCUGAUGGUGACGGUAAUGGUCACGAUAAUGGUUACGACAAUGAUAAUGAUAAUAGUGAUGGUAUUGAUAACGGUGACGAUAACAGUAAUAGUGAUGGUAAGGAUAACGGUGACGUUAACGGUAAUAGUGAUGGUAACGGUGAUAGUAACGGUAACGGUGGCAGUAACAGUAUUAGUGACUAUGAUGGUGACAGUGACAGUGACGAUAAUGGUAACGUAAUAGUAACGGUGAUGGUAACUGUGUUAGUAACGGUGAUGGUAACAGUGACGGUAACGGUGAUGGUAAUUGUAAUAGUGAUGUCAACGGGAAUGGUAAUGGUAACGGUAAUAGUAACGGUGAUGGUAACUGUGUUAGUAACGGUGAUGGUAACAACGACGGUAACGGUGAUGGUAAUUGUAAUAGUGAUGGCAACGGGAACGGUAAUGGGUAACAAUGAUGGUUAUUGUGAUAGUAACGGUGAGGGUAAUGGUAAUGGUAACGAUAAUGGUCACGGUGAUAAUAACAGUGACGGUGACGGUGACGGUGACGCUAACGAUAACAGUGAUAGUAACUGUGACGGUAACUGUAAUUGUAAUGGGGACAACAACGGGAACGGUAACGGUAACAGUGACGAUUAUUGUGAUAGUAACAGUGAUGGUAAUGGUAACGAUAACGGUUACAGUGAUGAUGACGCGUCAGUGGCCAUUACAGCUAUGGGACCACUCCCGAGCGAUCGAGGUGAUGAUGCAAAGGAGGCUCUUGGUGACUACGUUGGUGAAGACACCGGCGAGACUCGAGUAAAGUCUUCCUCAUUGAAAAGAGACUGGUCGUCUCCAUAA